AUGUCAUCUGCCACAUACGAAGAAUAUUAUCAACAGGCCCUAGAGGAUCUUGUCACCAUCUGGAGAGAAGAUGUCAAUCUCAGCAAAUUACGAGUGGCACCAACAGGACGGCAGCGGUAUGAACAGCUGCUCAGUUCUCUCACAUCACUCUAUAUACAAUACCUGCGCACCGUACGCCGACUCGCUCGUGUACACGACGCACAACUGCAACCACAAAAGCGCUACGAUGUGCGAACAUUACUCGAUACUUGUGUAGGGCGUAUGUUAGAAAUACGAAGUCUCUUAACAGCAAACUGUGGGGAGUUUGUAAAGCUGGAUAACGCCAUGCUUGAUGUAAAAAUGACUCCAGAGGAACUUGAAGUUCCUAUUCCACGUUAUUUUGUUGAGGAUAACGCAUCUGAGAUGCAGGAACGACGUCGUCAAAUUGCCUCAUUGCAAGCACACUACCAAGAAACAGAUGCAGAAGCACCUGUUUCAAAGUUUUUGGCUAACGCUAAUAAUAAGGCCAACAAUACUACAACUAAUACUAAUACUGCUGCUAGUACUAUUGCUGCUGCUGCUACUACUACUAGUACUAAUGAGGCUGAAGCAAAGACGAUGACGGUAGAUGAGGCGAUUACAAUAUUACAAGUAAAUGAAAGAGGUCGUCAGGCACGUCAACGUGCCAAAUUUCAAUUACUAAUGUAUAUGCAGCAAAAACAAGCUUUGCUCCGAGAUAAUGAUUACAACUACGCUACUGGAAAAGAACGUGCGGCAACAGUUGUACAACGAGCUGUUCAAGCAUAUCUUGCACGCAAGCGAGUGCGGGGUGAUCAUGCAGAGGAGCUGCAGCUUCUUGGGAUGCGGCCUACGGCGGCAAUGAUGAGUGAUGAGCAACAAGUAGCGGCGGCAGCGCGAUUGGAAGAGCGAAAGGCUCGUCAACACAUGAAUGAGGCAAAUUACCGACAAAAAGCCAUUGAACUUGAAACUCGUAUUAAGUCAGAGGAAGGACCAAGAACAAUGGAAGAGAUGCUAAACGAAGUACUCACUCGCAUGGCAUAUGCACGAAUGGAAAGUAAAGAUGAUUCUCCCUUAACAUUCCCUACACCAGAAGAAGGAGGGAGUCGUAAGUAUUUGGAAUCUUUUAAUGCUCCCAUGUCUUCUCCUGCGGCUCUUGCAGCUACUGCGGGUCCCACAUCUACAUUUGAUGGAACGAGUACUAUUGGUCGUCCAGGCUCCGCAGCCCUACGUUCAUCUAUGGCAGGAACAUUAGAUGGACGACCAACAACACGAAAAGGAGGUAGUGUUGCACGACGCAAAGAUGAGGAGGAAACUGUACCAGCUAUACCUCCUAGUAUUUUCUGGGAUAAUAUUAAAGCUGCAGAUGAGCGAUAUUACACUGUAUGGAAACCACGUUUUGAAGAAACAUACUAUAAAGAGGUAGAUCUUGAUCAAGCAGCGGAUGAGAAUUUACUUCGUAAACAACUCUUAGAAGGACCACGAGGCAUUAUGGAGGAGUUACGAAAAGUUGUUGAUCAACUCAUCAUGGUAGAAGUAGAGAAUUUAAAGGUACGUCUUGAACAAGAACGUCGUGGUGGUAAAAAAAAGAAGGGUGGAAAAAAGAAAGGACCCAGGAAACCACGAGCACCAAAAUUAAAAGACCCAACAAAGGGUGUAAAAAUUGAAACAUUUAUGAAUACGGCUGUACGUUUAAAUGUACUUCAAUUACCAGACCCAAAUAUUAAAUUAGAGGAUUAUUUGGGUUCAGCUGUAAUACAUGGAUCACCACUGGAUGCACUUUUACGUGUGCAAAAACCAGAUGAAGAACUUAGAAAGAAAUGGCAACGUAUUCUUAAUAACUGGGAUGCAAAUGUUGAACAGGUUAUGAAAAUGAAAAAGGAAGCUUUUCAAAAAUUAUUUGAUAACUAUCUACAACAGGCGACAUGGUUGAGUGAACCUUCACCAGCACAAGUACGUCAAAGUGUAGCGGAGUAUGCUAUUCUUCCUCUUGGUUCUCAAGUUAUUCAUGAUCUCGCGCCAAGUGCCAAGACACUACUUCUUUAUGGUUUCUCUGGUAGUGGUAAGACACGUCUUGUACAGGCUAUUUGUAAUCACAGUGGAUCAAAUUUCUUUGAUAUUUCUCCUGGAAUUUUUGAAACAAAUACUGGUCUCGUAGGUAUUAUUCAAAUGGUAUUUCACCUUGCAAAAGUAAUGGCUCCAUCUGUCAUUUACAUUGAUCAUAUUGAAAAAUUGUUCAUGCGGAAGAAGAAACGAAAGGGACCUAAAGAUCCAUUACUAGCCCGUGGAAAAAAAAUGAAAAAAGAGGUUCUUAAAGGUAUCGCUGGUCUUUCUCCUACAGAUCGAGUAAUGGUCAUUGGAACCUCAUCCACUCCAUGGGAAGCGGAUUUUAAUGCGAUGGUAACUCACUUUGCACACAUGGUUUAUUGUGGAAGUCCGGAUUACGCCUCUCGUUUGAUUGUAUUGCAGGAAUUCAUUGCCCAACGCACAGGAGAUGCCACAGCACUGAAGGCGGAGGAUUAUCACGAGUUGGCACUUCUCACAGAGCGACUCACAUGUGGGUCUCUCCGCACGGUUGUGGAUGAAGUAUUACACCCACGACGCCUGCGACGAUUGCCGCAGCGACCACUUGUUGCCGAUGACUUUUUGCGUGCCAUCACACGAGUGUCACCACCCACAGCAGAGGAAGAGACGCAGAUGAAGGAAUUCACACAGCGACUUCCACUACACCUUCGCCGUGUAAACCUACCAGUGGAUGUACCAGCAGCAGAGAAGAAGGAAACAGGGACCAAGAGAAAGAAAAAGGAAUAG